AUGGCAAGUGAGAGCAUUAUAGACGGCGAAAGCUGCAGCGAGAAACAUUUCUUCAAGGAACGUCAGUUGGUGUGCGAUCUUCUACAAACGCUGAUACACACGCGGCUACCGACAUCUCAAAGCGAUGUAGACGAUGACUUUAUAGCUGCUCACUCUGCAAUCACUCAAAUUUUAAAUAGGUACCUCGAACAGUCCCAUUUACUAGACCCUUAUCUACAGGACAUACUGGACCCCAUUAUGAAGGAGAUUAAACGUAUCAUGGCUGAAAGAAGCGACACAAUUGAUGACGCAAUGAACUGUCAAGUGUAUCGCAAUCCAAAGCUGCACAAAUUGUUUCAAAUUGUGUAUCAUUUGUGCAAAGUACGAGGUUACAAGACAGUCGUGAAGCUAUUGCCACAUGAAGUGAGUGAUUUUGAGCCAACGUUGCAAUUGUUACAGUCUCAAGACCGUGCGGACUAUUCAAUGUGGGAAACACGAUACGUGUUAUUGCUGUGGUUGUCGAUGCUUUGUCUCGUACCUUUUGACCUCAAUACCAUUGAUUCAUCGACUUCCAACGACUCGACUGAAACAAUCGUGUCCAAUAUUGUGACACUUUGUAAAGAUUAUCUCAGUGAUCCAGGAGCUACUCAGAUUGCAGCAGCAGGUUGUCUAUCACGACUGCUUAGCAGACCAGAUAUGGAACAACAAUAUCUAAUGCAAUUCCUUCACUGGUCAAAUCAGGAGCUCAUUAUGGCGUCUAAUGACAUCGAUAUGCCGGUCUUGCAAUUUAAAGUGACUGGAAUUAUGCUCUGCCUUGCUCAUAUUGCAACCAACUCACCCCGGGAGCAGCAUAUUGCGGCCAGUCGUAUCUAUUUUGCCUCCAUUAUGCGGCUAGUGGCUCAUCUCACAGAGAAUAACGCACGAUCGGACCAUUCAAGUAGCAGCACUUUGCAUCGCAAACUGAGCGUCAAGAUCGUACAACGCCUAGGGCUACUUCAUUUGCCACCAAAGAUCCGUUCAUGGCGCUACAGCCGUGGCCUACGAUCAUUGGAGCUUAAUGUGAAGUCGUUGGGUCUAGCUGAGAGCAACACAGUCAUUUCCACCGCGCAAAAUAGUCAGGGAGAUGGUGCUGACAACGAUGACGACGAUGAUGCUUUCGAAGUAGUGGAGGAGAUGGAGCAGAUAGUUGAGGUGCUUCUGUGCGGAUUGCGCGACAAGGAUACAGUGGUGCGCUGGUCGGCAGCUAAGGGUAUUGGGCGAAUCACUGGUCGAUUACCGCACGAGUUCGCCGACGAUAUUGUGCAGUCUGUGCUCGAACUCUUUGUGGCUACGGAGGAUGAUGGGGCGUGGCAUGGUGCGAGUCUGGCACUGGCAGAGCUUGCUCGUCGUGGUGUCUUGCUACCUCAGCGCUUACCGGAUGCGGUGGAAUGUGUGGCGAAUGCAUUGAAGUACGAUAUUCGAAAGGGUACAUACAGUAUUGGCUCUCAUGUCCGUGAUGCUGCUUGCUACGCGUGCUGGUCAUUUGCACGCGCGUACGAGCCCUCACUGCUACUGCCUUGGCUGAGACAAGUCCUCGCACCAGCAAUGCUGGUAAACUGCGUAUUCGAUCGCGAGUUAAACUGCCGUCGCGCUGCAUCUGCAGCUUUUCAAGAAAAUGUUGGCCGGCAGGGUCGUACCAACUUUCCAAGUGGUAUUGAUUUGCUUACCAAAGCAGACUAUUCUUCAGUGGCGAAUUUACGUCACGCGUACCUGGACGUAAGUGUCUUCGUCGCGAAAUAUCCGGAAUAUCGAUACCCGUUACUGGAACAUCUCAUCAGUUCUAAGAUAGUUCACUGGGACGUCCAGAUCCGUGGUCUUGCUGCUGCUGCGCUAGGUAAGAUCGGUGCAUUGGAUCCACCACAUGCGAUGACCCGCUUGUUUCCGCGACUGCUUGAAUUUGCCCUCUCUCCAGAUGUCGAAGUAAUCGUGCGACAUGGUGCUGUUAUCAGUAUUGCGGAUUUACUCAUGUGUCUGGCUCAGGUCCCUGUGUUUAUUGACGGGGAGCUGCAAAAGAAGGUCAAGAUGCUGCCAAUUGAGAUUGAUAGGCGGCGUCUGUUCCGUGGACGUGGUGGUGAGGUCAUUCGAGCUGCUAUUUGCAAUGUGAUUGAAGCGAUAUCAAAUUCUCGAUUGAGUCUUGGUUUUGCUCAUGUGAAGAAAUAUUUGUCGAUGCUUGAAGAAUGCUUUGUGCACCCUAAUGAAAGCGUUCGUGAAGCUGCUAUUGAAGCUUUCGGUGCUAUUACUGCACAAUACUGCCCCAAGAUAUUUGAAAAAGGCAGCCCCCCACACGUAAAAUACAUGCAAGAACUGAUGCCACGAUUCGUCAACUCAGGGAUCAUGGUGACAUCUAAAGAGAACGGUGUGUCCGUCAAGGUGUUGAAUCCGAAUGUUGCUGCACGGCAAGGUUUUCUGCGUGCUGUAGGUGUCGCUGCUAAGGAACUAGUCCAGCCUUGCCUGAAAGAAGUAUUUGCUGCAAUUUUUCGAUCGAUUACACUUCCGGAAUGUCCAACAGAAGAUGAGGAUCCUGGAAGUCGAGUGGCUGCAGUUCUAGCUUUGGUUGAUUUGUGUUCUCGGCCUCAAGGUGAGCUUGAGUUAAACGGCAUGGAAGACGAUGUUGUCCGGACAUUCGUCCGAUGUAUCCAUACCGAUUAUCGGGUGGACGAGCGUGGGGAUGUGGGCUCCUGGGUCCGCAAAGAAGCCAUGAUUGGUAUCGAGAAACUACUUCUUGGCGAAACCACACUCGCGCAAAAGCAUAAUUGUUGGCUUGUGGGCACGGCUGUGCAAACAAAGUAUGGCCGGGGAGUAAUAAUUGAUAGCUUAUCAGAUCGUAAACGCAAGAGAGAGAGAGCUGGCGAGGCCAGCGGUGCUUCUGAGCUCGGUCCGGUAUGCUAUAUCAAAUUUGAGAAGCCAGCUCUGGGCUAUUACUACUUCGGUCCCACCGGAGUAGGCCUCCUUCGCGUGGAAAGUCUGCUACGAGAGGAAGCGGUCCAGUGUUUUGUACAAAGAGCUUCUUGCAUCCCAGAUUUAGCGCACUGCACGAAGAUUGCAGAGCAUACGAGACUGGGUCAAGCAUCUUCGACGCCAUUUGCUCGACGUUUAUCUCCUAAUACUGUUGGCAUGAUUUUCGGAGCUCUUGCCAAGCAAUUAGCUGAAAAGCUGGAUAGCAUGCGGAUGACAUCAGGAACCAUAUUAUUUCGAUUGCUUCAUUCAACUUCUCCUCGCGUUGACGGCAUUCCCGACCGCUUCCAGCUUGAAAAGAUUUUUUCAGCAACUUUGACGGUGAACUGGUCCAUGGCCCACGAUACUUUUCCGUUAGUAGUGAAGAUGAUGGAGAUACCAGAGUUUUUGGAGGACAUUGCCGCGGGUCUCAUCAUCAGUGUCGGUGGUUUGACUGAAAGUGUCGUUAAGGCUUCAAAGAGUGCUCUUUUUGAUUGGGUGCGCUUACGUUUGCAGUCAAAAGACUUCGGCUUGCUCAGCCGGUUCAGCUUUUUCUUAGUGACAUUGCUGACUCGCCAUCACCACGACGAUCGUGUCACCAUCUCACUUAUGAAAACGAUGGCACUGCUGCUGGAGUCCAAUCUUCUGCGCUUUCUCUUCGAAGAACGCCAAACAAAAGAUGGUAAUCCUACAACAUCAACAGACUUUGGAGGACGUCUGUAUGAUGCACUGCGUGACGAGAUUCAGAAGUGUGCCGCGGUCCCAAAACUCAGUGCUGCGAUAAAUGUGCUGAUUGGUUUACUGCCAAGUGACACCGAGACUGAAAGCAAGACCUUACGAGCUCUCAUGUUGUUUCUGGGACACAAAUUUCCAAAAGUCCGGAAGCUGACUGCCGAGAGGCUCUACACGCGAUUGCUUGUACACGACGAGAUUGUCAACGAAGAAAAGUACGACAGCGUACUCGAGAUCUUGAGUGAGACCGCAUGGGACGCUUCGAUUUCUCAAGUACGCAUCGCUCGAAAUGAGUUGGCGAAACUUUUUGGCAUCGAGCUGUGCUUGAAGGAACGAACCGCGCCCGCAGAAAAAGCGAUGUCAGAACUAGCAGCACAGGAACACCAAAGCUACAAGAACCUCAUCAAGGAGAUGGGCUAUUAG